AUGACAGCAACGCUGAAUGGAAUCAGCGCCACUUCUCCACUUACACCUACACCUUCACCUUCACCUUCACCUUCACCUACACAUACCUGCACCUGCACCUGCAUCUACACCUAUACCUAUACCAUCACCUUCACCUUUGCCUACACCUUCACCUGCACCAACACCUGCACCAACACCUACACCUGCACCAUCACCUACACCUACACCUACACCUGCACCAUCACCUGCACCUACACCUGCACCAACACCUACACCUUCAUCUACACCUGCACCUGCACAUUCAACCAUACCUGCACCUACACCUACACCUUCACUCAUACCUGCACCUACCCCAUCACCAACACCUGCACCUACACCCAACCCUUCACAAACACCGACACCUACCUCUACACCUAUACCUACAUCUACAUCUGCACCCACUGCUCCACUUACACCUACAUCUUUACAUUUUUUCUGGACAAUACAAUGUAA